AGGACUCCGCGGCCGGGCAGUCGAGCUCCAGGAAGUGGCCGCUCUUGCCUCCGGUCCCUUGCCUUGUGGGAUCGCGGCGGGCUCCUCUCUCCCGGCCAGGGUUUCCGGGUCCGCUAUCCCCUCGCGUCCGUCGUGGAGUACGAGCAGCUGAGAGGGUCUCCGGGCAGCAUGGCGGCGCAUCUGAAAAAGCGAGUGUAUGAGGAGUUCACGAAAGUGGUGCAGCAACAACAGGAGGAAAUCGCUACUAAGAAACUCCGACUUACUAAACCGAGUAAAUCUGCAGCCCUCCACAUUGAUCUGUGUAAAGCCACCUCCCCGGCAGAUGCACUGCAGUACCUACUCCAGUUUGCCAGGAAGCCUGUUGAGGCAGAAAGUGUGGAGGGAGUGGUCAGGAUUCUCUUGGAGCAUUAUUAUAAGGAAAAUGAUGCAUCUGUGAGGUUGAAAAUUGCUUCUUUAUUGGGCUUGUUAUCCAAGACUACAGGAUUUUCACCCGACUGCAUUAUGGAUGAUGCCAUUAACAUACUACAGAACGAAAAGUCUCAUCAAGUUCUAGCUCAACUGCUGGACACUUUGCUUGCAAUUGGCAUGAAACUGCCAGAGAAUCAAGUUGUUCAGAUGCGAUUGGUUGAUGUGGCCUGCAAGCACCUGACAGAUACCUCCCAUGGUGUAAGAAAUAAGUGCCUGCAAUUGCUUGGUAAUCUUGGCUCUUUGGAGAAAAGCGUCGUAAGAGAUGCGGAAGGCCUAGCUGCCCGAGAUGUCCAGAAGAUUAUAGGGGAUUACUUCAACGACCAAGAUCCGCGUGUCAGAACAGCAGCUAUAAAAGCCAUGUUGCAGCUCCAUGAAAGAGGAUUGAAACUACACCAAACAAUUUACAAUCAGGCCUGUAAGUUGCUCUCUGAUGACUACGAGCAAGUGCGCAGCGCUGCAGUCCGGCUUAUCUGGGUUGUCAGUCAGCUGUAUCCUGAGAGCAUUGUCCCAAUCCCUUCUUCUAAUGAGGAAAUUCGUUUAGUUGAUGAUGCCUUUGGAAAAAUUUGUCAUAUGGUCAGUGAUGGCUCCUGGGUGGUUCGUGUUCAAGCCGCAAAGCUAUUGGGCUCUAUGGAACAAGUCAGUUCUCACUUUUUGGAGCAGACUCUUGACAAGAAGCUGAUGUCAGAUCUGAGGAGGAAGCGUACUGCACAUGAGCGGGCCAAAGAACUUUACAGCUCAGGGGAGUUUUCCAGCGGCAGGAAGUGGGGGGACGAUGCACCCAAGGAGGAAGUGGACACUGGGGCAGUGAACCUGAUCGAGUCAGGAGCUUGUGGAGCAUUUGUUCAUGGGCUGGAAGAUGAGAUGUAUGAGGUCCGCAUUGCUGCGGUGGAGGCACUCUGCAUGCUGGCCCAGUCCUCGCCUGCUUUUGCUGAGAAGUGCCUUGAUUUCCUGGUUGACAUGUUUAAUGAUGAAAUUGAGGAAGUGCGCCUGCAAUCUAUACAUACCAUGAGAAAAAUUUCCAACAAUAUCACUCUCCGAGAAGAUCAGCUUGACACUGUCCUGGCUGUGUUAGAGGAUUCAUCCAGAGAUAUUAGAGAGGCUCUUCAUGAACUCUUGUGCUGCACUAAUGUUUCAACUAAAGAAGGGAUUCAUCUUGCACUGGUUGAACUGCUGAAAAACUUAGCCAAGUACCCUACUGAUCGGGACUCCAUAUGGAAGUGCUUGAAGUUUCUGGGGAGUCGUCAUCCAACCUUGGUACUUCCCUUGGUGCCAGAGCUCUUGAGCACCCACCCUUUUUUCGACACGGCUGAACCAGACAUGGAUGAUCCAGCAUACAUUGCAGUUUUGGUUCUUAUUUUCAAUGCUGCUAAAACCUGCCCGACAAUGCCUGCACUCUUCUCCGAUCAUACCUUCAGGCACUAUGCCUACCUCCGAGACAGUCUUUCUCACCUUGUUCCUGCCUUGAGGUUACCAGGUAGAAAACUGGUGUCCUCAACGAUUUCCCCAAGCAUCGCUCCUCAGGAGGAUCCUUCCCAGCAGUUCCUGCAGCAGAGCCUGGAAAGAGUGUACAGUCUGCAGCACCUGGAUCCCCAGGGGGCCCAGGAGCUGCUGGAACUCACCAUCCGGGAUGUGCAGAGACUUGGGGAACUUCAGUCUGAAUUGGCAGGUGUGGCUGACUUUUCUGCUACCUAUCUUCGGUGUCAGCUGCUCCUCAUCAAGGCUUUGCAGGAGAAGCUAUGGAACGUGGCUGCCCCUUUGUACUUGAAGCAGAGUGAUUUGGCUUCAGCAGCAGCAAAGCAGAUUCUGGAAGAGACCUACAAAAUGGAGUUCAUGUAUAGUGGUGUAGAGAAUAAGCAGGUGGUGAUUGUACAUCACAUGAGGCUGCAGGCGAAAGCUUUGCAACUUAUCGUAACGGCACGAACUACGCGAGGAGUUGACUCCUUAUUUGGGAUGUGUGAAAAAUUUUUACAGGAGGUGGACUUUUUUCAGAGGUGCUUCAUCGCUGAUUUACCUCACUUGCAGGACAGCUUUGUGGACAAACUUCUUGACCUGAUGCCCCGCCUCAUGACAUCAAAACCUGCAGAAGUGGUUAAAAUUCUACAGAAUACGCUCCGACAGAGUACCUUCCUACACCUCCCCCUUCCAGAACAGAUCCACAAAGCAUCGGCCACUAUCAUUGAGCCUGCGGGUGAGUCAGACAACCCCCUGCGGUUCACAUCUGGCUUGGUGGUGGCUUUAGAUGUUGAUGCAACCCUGGAGCAUGUGCAGGACCCUCAGAGCACUGUGAAGGUCCAGGUCUUAUAUCCAGACGGCCAGGCUCAAAUGAUCCACCCUAAGCCAGCCGACUUUCGGAAUCCUGGGCCUGGACGGCACCGUCUCAUCACUCAGGUGUACCUCUCCCACACUGCCUGGACAGAGCCAUGCCAGGUGGAAGUAAGGCUGCUGCUGGCCUACAACUCCAGUGCUCGCAUCCCAAAGUCACCCUGGACUGAGGGUGGUGAAAUGGCACCCCAGGUGGAAUUCAGCAUUGAGGGCACCAUCCCCUUCAGCAAGCCUGUAAAAGUGUACCUAAUGCCCAAGCCUGCAAGGCGUUGACUCACACGCCUCCGGCCUAGCCAGGGCCUGCUUAGCUCUCUGAGGGAGCCGGAAGCCUGGAGCGCUUUGCUUCAAAAUGGUGUGUAGGCUUAAGGAAUAUGCAAACCAUUCCGUCUCAUCUGGUAUCAAACAAAAGAUAAAUUAUUUUUGCAUUAAAAAAAACCAAAAUAUAUUCAAGUCCACCUUUUUCCACUGUUAUGUAGUAAAGUGAGAAAACACCAAGCUAUUCCAGUUUCUGGUUUUUGAGGAAACUGGAUCUGGCUCUAACUUCGGUUUUCAUACCACAUAUAGAUGUGCUUAUUCCUCAGAUGUGAAAUACUAAGAUGCAGUUUUUCAGGCAUCUUCAAGGAACUGGUUAUUUGAGUCUUGAUUCAUUUCUUAAAGUAACACUUUGGUAAAAUGAGGGCCAAUUCUCUAGCAGCACUAACAGCUGUCCUUUUUCACCAGGACAGUUUUGGAGCAUCUUCAACAUCCUUAUCUUCCUAAGAGGCCUCUUGUCUAACUUGGGCACUAGCUGGGCCGAGGACUGACUGAAUAGAUGGAGAGGAGUCUUUUCAUCUUUAAGGAAAAUUCUUGAUCUUGCCUGCCAUUAUCCUUAGAACCCCUGUGGUUUUAAAAUAAUAGAGAAGAGCCAUGCUUUAGAAAUGAACAUUAUGGGGAAAAGGAGCACACUGUAUGAAUUAAGGGUAUUUCUUCCCAGAUCUCAGGAAUGAGAGCUUGGCUCUGCAUCAGAGUUACAGCUGCAGGUAAAAUGUGGUAGCGGGAUUCCAGAGGGCUCAACUUGUUAGAAGCUGUGCUAUGUGGUUUACUUUUUUAUGUUUUUGUUUAUCUGAAAGGAAGAGUGACACAGAAGUCAGAUUAAGACAGUAAAAGAUCUUCCAUCUCCUGGAUCAGUCUCCAUUUGACAACAGCCAAGGCUGGGUCAGUCCAAAGCCAGAAGCACUAAGGGCAUAGUUUGCUAUGUCCCAGGCAUUAUCAGGAAGCUAGAUUGAAGUGCAGUACUAAGAUCUCAGGUAGGGGCUUAGUUUCCUGUACCACCAUGCCUGCCCCUUUCCCUGUCAUUUAAUCAUCACAAUAGCCAAAUGAGAAUUAGUGUUUAUCAUUGGCAGGAAAACUGUAUAGGAAAUUUUGAAGACUGUAUUCAUUCAAACCAAGAAGAUCCUCAAGGCCUAAGCUGUACUGCCUGAGGAGAAGCAUGUAAGUGUUGGUUUGGAUGUGUCCCCCAAAGUCAGUAUUAGAAAUGUAUUCCCCAGAUGCCAGGGUCCCAAUAAGAGGUGUUUUGUUCACGGGGGCUCUGCUCGCAUAAGUCAAUUGAUAUCACCAUCCAGGGAGUUUCUUGCUAAAGCAGGAUACAAAAGCAAGUUUAGCCUUUGCCCUCACUCUUGCCCUCUUGGCUGCCUACUGUCUGCCAUGGGAUGGCCCAGCAUAAACCUCCUUGCUAGACACCAACAGUUUUUUCAGAUUUUCCAGCCUUCAGAAAUAUGAGCCAAGUAAGUGUCUAUUCACUGAAUUAUGCAGCUUUGGGUACUAUGUGACAGUGGCAGGGAAACGAACCUUCAUAUGUUUAGCUCCCUUAGUCUCCAACUCCUCAUCUGUAAAACAGAUUUUCUUAAGGCUUGGUGAAUGGGAUAGAGUGAAAACUACUUGGUAGAAUCUGAAUCUGCAGCCAAUCUUGACCGUCUUUGUUACUUGGAGAGCUAAUUUAAAUAAGUACAUAUUUUAUUAUUCCUUUGAGUUGGAGCUGGAAUUUACAUUCAGACAUAUGUUGACUUUGAGUUUAAUGUGUACCUGGCCAUGUUGUAAACCUUUUACAUGAGUUAACUGAAUUAACCCUCACAACUGUCUUAGGAAGUAGGUGUUAUCAUAUUAUAAAGCCACUGAAAUUUAGAGAAAUUAAGUAACUUGCUCCAGAUCACAGGACCACCAAGGACGGACCUGGAAUAUUAAUUCAUGACGUCUGGCUCCAGGAGAUACUGAGAAUCUGGGAAGAUGAUUAUCUCCCAGUGGCUUUGUUUGGUGCGCUGAGCCAUUUAUACAUCUCAGGGAUGUCCUGGAAAAGGCAGCCUGCCUUUCUAAAAGUUGAUCAUACAAGCCUAAUGCCAGGCUGAAUCGUAUUGUGGCCCUGUCACCAACACUUGCAGUGACAGCUGGGCUGGAGCAUCACUAACAACACUGAGACCCAGACUGGAACCAAAGAGCCUGAAACCACAGAGCCGCCAGCUCCACGGGGAGACUGUGCUGAACACUGGGCAGACAGCAUCUCCACCACUCCCCCGCUAUUAAAAAAUCCAUUUAUUUUUAUUGGAAAACCAGAUUUACAAAGAGAAGGAGAGAUGAAGG